AUGUCCAAUGCAAAGACCGCCGUCAGUUUUGAUGCGAUAAUCCAGGCCGACCGACAGAAGAGAAAGAAUGAAGCUCUGGCAAAAGAGAUCUUCGGAAGAACCAAACAGAACAAAGAUGAUUCCAGAAGCACAAGUAAAAGCUCGUCUCGGACCCCAGAUCUUGCAAGUCGGAUUACAAAGCGAUCAUCCUCUGCUGCGAGCACGAACACGAACUCUGCGAGGAAAAACCCGUUUACACCAACCCGGCCUUCGUCAACCGCGUCUCAGAACAAUGCGCGCUCCGCUCGUCUCACCUCCGCCCUAGAGUCUUCGCAAGCCAAUGUUGUCCCUUCAUCCCGUCGACUGCAAGGCCAGGGUUUAAGCAUAAAAGGCAAAGCAGGUCCGUUCGUGGUCGAAGCCAGCAACUUUGCCCCGGGGACUACGGCUGCGGAUAUUGAGUCAGCUCUGCAGAGUGACACUCUGGAUGACAAUGGGAUCAGUGGGAUGAUAUCAUGUCGCAUCGUGUCGAAUGGUCCCACAGUGGUCGCAGAGAUGGCCUUUGCCGAGAAAUCUAUCGCAGAUAAGGUCAUAUCAACGUAUCACAAUCAGCGGGCAGACGGAAGAAUUCUACAGCUUUUCCUGAAGCGCUCAGGUGGUGGUCCCAGUACCGCACCGAGGCCUCACUCGGAUCUCGACUCAAACCCCGGAGCUGUGACCUCAGAGAUGCCGGCUCCAAUUGUCAAUAACAAUGCGAUGGAGGACAUCGAGAUGGAGAGCGAGCCACCCGCGACUUACAACGAACGAGAUCAACGAACCGGGGAGCCUCGGAAACCGGAGUCCAAUGGUCAGGAUGAAAGAUAUGGGGUUGGAGGAACCCAAGUCUCUGUUUCCCUCGAUGACCAGAGCAGCAGAAGAGACGCCAAGCGUCGAGACCGAGACCGUAUUGAUGAGCGCGAACGUGGCCAGGACCGCGAGAGAGACAGGGAUCGCUACGACCGCCGCGAUGAUCGAGGUUCGAGUUCAUACCGGCGUGACGACAGACCGGCCGCCUACAAUUCACGAUUCUCACACUAUGGUAACGGGGUUGGCGGUGGGCCUCGUGGACGUGGGUCCUUCGGGCGACCAGACUCGUUCCCUCGUGGAGGGGGGCGGACAUACAACGACGACACCAUGCGUGGCGGAUGGAGGGGUGGAGGGCCCGCCGCCUUUGGCGGCGGUUAUAGGAGAGGAUACUAG